AUGUCUCGGCUCCGCCUGCUGCUGCUUGCGGCGGCCCUAGCGCUCGCUGCCGGUAGCAGCCAUGGCUUCGAGUUUCAUGAGGCCACGCUUGACGCCAUCCAUUUGGGGUUCAAGAACGGCAGCCUGACCUCGACGGCACUCGUCAGGUUCUACCUGAGCCAGAUCAGCCGCCUCAAUCCCUUGGUCCACGCCGUCAUCGAGGUCAACCCCGACGCGCUCCGGCAAGCGGCGCGGGCGGACGCCGAGCGGCGGUCGUCGGGUGACCGCCAGAUCGGCGGGCUGCACGGCGUUCCCGUGCUGCUCAAGGACAACAUCGCGACGCGCGACCAGCUCAACACGACGGCCGGGUCCAUGGCGCUGCUCGGCUCGGUGGUCCGGCGUGACGCCGGCGUGGUGGCAAGGCUGCGGCGCGCGGGCGCCGUGGUCAUUGGUAAGGCCAAUAUGGACGAGUGGGCCAACUUCCGCAGCGCCAUCGGCACCGGUGGGUGGAGCGCGCGUGGAGGGCAGGGCAAGAAUCCCUAUGUUCUAUCCUCGCCACCUUGUGGGUCAAGCACAGGCCCGGCGAUAGCAGCGGCGGCAAACAUGGUAGCAGUGACACUAGGAACCGAAACAGAUGGAUCCAUACUUUGCCCGUCCUCGUUAAAUUCUGUUGUAGGAAUCAAACCGACUGUCGGGUUGACAAGCCGGGCUGGUGUCAUCCCCAUCUCUCCGAGGCAGGACACUGUUGGGCCAAUCUGCCGCACAGUAGCCGAUGCCGUCCAUGUGCUAGAUGCUAUUGUGGGAUACGACGAACUUGACGCCGUAGCCACGAGAGCAGCGUCCAAGUACAUCCCGGAAGGGGGAUACACACAGUUCCUAAAGAUUGAUGGGUUAAAAGGCAAGAGAAUAGGCGUUCCUAAUGGGUUUUUCGAUUUCGAAGAUGGAACCAUCCGUCAGAUGGUGUACCAGCAGCAUCUCAAGACACUCGAGCGAAAUGGAGUGGUUGUCAUACAGAACCUUGACAUCGCAGACUUGGAUGUCAUACAGAAUGCCACUGUCAGUGGGGAGCUUGCUGUGCUAGCAGCUGAGUUCAAGAUAUCCUUGAACGCUUAUUUAUCCGACUUAUCGUUCUCUCCCGUUCGUUCCCUGGCUGACAUAAUACAAUUCAACAACGCACAUCCAGACGAAGAGAUGCUCAAACAGUUUGGACAACUCAUCUUCUUGGUCUCCGAAAACACCACCGGCAUUGGCUCUGUUGAGAAGGCCGCGAUCCAGCAGCUCGACGAUCUGACAGCGAAUGGCGUGGAGAAGGUGAUGAAGGAGCACCGGCUAGAUGCAAUCGUGGCUCCAGACUCGAGUUCUGCCACGGUCCUCGCCAUCGCUGGCCUCCCAGGGAUCGCGGUUCCAGCUGGCUAUGAUGAGCAGGGAGCACCGUUCGGGAUAUCCUUCGGUGGGCUCAAGGGCUACGAGCCAAGGCUGAUUGAGAUUGCUUAUGCGUUUGAGCAGGCUACCAAAGUGCGAAACCCUCCGAUGUUCAAGCAGCCAAUAUGCCGCACAAUAUCUGACGCAGUAAGAGUACUGGAUGUUAUUGUUGGUUAUGAUGCCCGUGAUGCGGUAGCAACAAAGAAAGCAUCCAGGUACAUUCCCCGAGGUGGCUAUAUGCAGUUCUUGAGGACGGAUGGGUUAAGAGGCAAGAGAAUUGGCAUACCCAAUGGAUUUUUCAAUUAUCCAAAUGGGACCGUUCAGCAUACCAUUCUCCAUCAGCAUCUGGACACAAUGAGGAAACAUGGAGCAAUCCUCAUUGAUAACAUAAACAUAGCAAAUCUUGGUCUUAUAUUGGAUGUUCUAAACAAUGGCGAACAAAUUGCAUUACCAGCAGAAUUCAAAUUAAGCCUCGAUGCUUAUUUGUCAGACUUAUCAUACUCCCCAGUUCAUUCGCUUGCUGAUGUAAUAGCAUUCAACAAUGCCCAUCCCAUUGAGGAGAGGCUGAAAGAUUUUGGGCAGCUUAUCUUCCUGGUGGCUGAGAACACUACUGGCAUAGGUGCCCCUGAAAGAGCCGCAAUCCAGGAACUAAAGAAACUGUCAGCUGACGGAUUGGAGAAGCUGAUGAAGGAGCUGAAAUUGGAUGCAAUUAUGACGCCCAAUGAUAGUGCUGCCAGUGUUCUUGCCAUCGGUGGCAUGCCCGGAAUCACUGUACCUGCUGGAUAUGGUAAACUUGGUGUCCCAUUUGGCAUUUGCUUUGGAGGGUUGAAGGGCUAUGAGCCAAGGCUUAUUGAGAUCGCCUAUGCUUUUGAGCAAGUUACCCGAGUGCGAAAAAUCCCAACAUUCUCACCAUAGUAGAUGAUGAGAAUAUGUAUUUUUUUAUUUGUUCACUUCUAAACUAGGUUGUGCCUUUCAUGACUUGUGUCACUUCAAUAAUUCAACUACUACUUUCAUGACUCCGAAUAUUGUUGGAGGCCCAGAAGUACUUGAUGGAAAGAUCUCGGUGUCUUCUUUCCAUGGAUCCAAUCCCAUCAUCCAAAUCAAUGGAUCUUAUCAAAAUCUUCAAUAGAAUAAUGUUUGGACCU